CGGCGGCGGCCAUCCCUGCCGCAAUUUCCCUGUGUCACCGCUCCCGUCUCCUAGCAACGGCGCCCGGGUCCGGCCGGCAGCCGCGCCAGCCGCGCACCGCCCGCAGCGGCGGCGGCACAAGGCAGCGGCUCCGCCGGGCCGGCGGCGGCCCCGCGGCGGGAAGGAUGCGGCAUGGCAAGGGGACGGCGCUCCCGAGGAGCUCCCUGAGGCGGCCGGCGGCGGCGGGGCCGAGGGGGCGCUCGGCGCUCGGCCCAGCCCCGCCGCCCGCCCGCCCGGGGCCGUAAGGGGCGGCGGGGCGGAGAGGCGGCGGCGGCGGCGGCGGCGGGGCGGGCGGCGAUGCCCGCUCGGGCCGGAAAGUUUCUUCCCCGCGGCGGCUCGGCCGCUUCCCGCGCGGACUUCUCCCCCGGUCCUCCUCGGAGCUGGAGCGGCCAUAGGGGGCAGUGCUCUGGGUAGCUAGCCAUGAUCGCCACUGGAGGCCUCCUGAGGAUCUCGGCUAGGAAACAGGACCCCUUGCGACCCCAAAGCCAAGUCCCCAAACGCAAACGCAAGACCAAAAAGAAGCGCAAGAACGACGUGGUGGUGGUGAAAGGCAAGCUCAAGCUGUGCUCUCUCUCGGGGCUCAUUGCCCUCUGUGGCAUCCUGGUACUGCUGGUGGGCAUUGCCUUGGCCGUGGUGGGCUACUGGCCAAAGCCCAACCAGGUGUACAGAGAAGGCAGCUUCAGUGGGGGCCGACAGCUGGCACCACAGGGUGGCACCCCCAAGAACCGCUCCCGGACCCAGGAAGGGGCACAUGCAGGGAUCCAUCCAGAGUCAUCCCCCAGAGCCAACACCUCCACCACUGCUACCACCCAGGGAUCCCCACAGUCUCCCCCCACUUCCUCGUCCCCCCAGGCCUCAGUGGGCUUCCUUUUCCGUCUUUUCUCGAGCUACUUGCAUUCAGACAAGCUGAAGGUGCUGGGCCCCCUCAUCAUGGGUAUCGGCAUCUUCCUCUUCAUCUGCGCCAAUGCGGUAUUGCACGAGAACCGUGACAAGAAGACCAAGAUCAUCAACCUGCGGGACCUCUACUCCACCGUCAUCGAUGCCCACAGCCUGCGGGCCAAAGAUGGCAGCACUCCGGCCUCAGCCCCUCUCAACGGCUUUGUCAACUAUGUGCAGUCCCGGGGCCUGGACCUAAAGCCUGGUGGUGAAGGCUUGGGUGCUGCGGCCAUGCUGGCCAGGAGCUCCUGGCCACCAGGACUGGGAGUGUCCCUUUCUCCACCAGACCUGGCGUCCUCGCCACGGCGUUCCUCUUUCUGCACCCCACCGCAGCCGCCCAGCCUGGCCGAGGCUGUGUACAGCAUCUACCGGGAACAUGCCGCCCUUGCUGGCCGCACCGUCACCAGCCCACCCUGCAGCCCACCAGAGAGCUGGGGCCGGCGCAGCACAGCCAGCUCCAUUGUCGGCUCUUCGCUCAGCACUUUCACCCUCCUGCCCUUGGCGCCAAGCAGUGGAGGGGGAGCCUGGCGGAGACCCCCUGGUGAGCGGGGAGCCCGGGAGAUCCCACGGGGGGAGUUUGAACUCAGCCUGACCGACCUCAGCAGCAACCGCAUCGAGGGAGUCUAUGGGACGAGGAGGCACAAGCUGGUUCUCAGGCGGCAGAGCACCAGCUGUUUGCCCGAUGCCAGGUGUCCCCUUUUCCCUGAGCCACCUCGGUCACCAACUGUCAGCGGGGGCCUGGACUCCAGCCUCUUGGUAAAGGCAUCUUCUAGUUACUCCAAAUCUCUGGACCUUGGGGGGUCACCACCCUCUACCCCCCCUGCCAUCACCAAGAUGGACUCCCAGAGUUCCCAGUCUGAGCCUUCCAGCAGCAAUAAGGGCUACAGCCACCUGGAGGAGGCAGGCACCUCCUUGGAGUCAGUUGCCAACACCCCAGCCAGUAAAAUCCAGGACUGUGAGGAGGAACCACCCGAGAAGACGGACCCUCUCAAGGCUACCAGCAGAGAACAAACAGGGGAGCAAUCCCAGCAAACUCAAAGACAGUACACAAAUAAAGAGAAACUCUUUAUGAUUUCUAGGUCGCAUGCUGCAUUAGGGCUGGAGGAUGGGGAACUGGAGAGUACUGGCAUCUAAACAAGACCGAGAAGGCACGAGGACACCUUGCAACCCUCCACACCUUCCCCCCCUUCUCCAUCUCCUUGUGGACUUAGGAAACCGAUCAAUAUCCAAAGAGCUGCAGUAUGUUACCCUUGAAAAUUGAAUUCCGUAAAUCCUGUAGAUGAAUUCAGGAAGAAAAAGAAAAUCCUUUCUGUCCGAUUGUGAUUGUAUGUUCCAUGCAAGCCAAAUUGUAUUAAAUAUCCACAGUCCAGUAAGUUCUUUGGAUCAGAUUAAUACAAUUUCGGACAGUAUAACUGUGCACUUUACUGUUUUGAUUUCCAAGUGCCCCUUCUUCUCCUCUGAUUUCUUUCUUGCUGAUUUGCCACUAACUGCUUGAGAACUGCAGGCACCUUUUUAAGCUCAAGAGCAACGUGGUCUUCAGAUCAAGAAAGCCGAGCUCUCUCUUUGUUUUGGUUCAAUCACUAAAAAGUUUGCAAGGCCUUAAGGAUGACGUACCUUGACAAAGAAUGAGUUUGUUUAAAUUCUGGAAAAAAAAAAAAAAAGACAAUUUAGAAGAGACUGGAGUGAGACAGAGCUCUGAUGAUUUAGUUAAAACCAUUACAUUCCUGAAUCCAAAAUACCUACUACUACGUGAUACUUUAUUGAGUAUUAUUACACAUGUAUUGACUAAUAGCAUUAAAAGAUUUUUUUUUUUUAAAUAAAACAUUUGCAAACAAAACUGCCACACAAAAAAAAGUCCUUUAUUUUGGUAAGUAAUUACAGAUAUCAGAAACCUUUCAUUUUAUACUGUGAAAGAUUAUAGAGAAGCCGUGAGGCCAAAGGUUUGCUUAUGCUUUUAAGUGGGUAAUUAAUCGUUUAGGAGUAAUUUCAAAAUAAAUACUGGUUCAGUCUCUGAGAAACCACACUUUAAUUCAAUCAGCAGAUUCUGUCUUCUUUUCUAACAGUGCUCUGUGACAGCUGAAGAAAUGUGAGAUUUUGACAUGCUAAGGAAAAAAAUAUUUUAAAGGUUUGACCUUCUAUUAAAAUUAGAUUUUUUGUGAGUAACACAUUAAUCUCAAACUGCAGCAUAUUCUUUCUGGAUUUUUCACUUUCUUUAUAACCGUUUGCAUUAAGCCUUUCUGCUGGUACGCUUCCUAUGCGUGAAUGCAUGUACGUAAGCUUAAUUUUAAAGCAUAAUGAUAGCCCUGUCAAUCUCAUAGCAAUUGGCCCUAUUGAAGUCAGUGAAGGUUUCUUACUGACUUUGGUGUGGUAAGGAUUUCUUGCUGUCUGAGAAAAGCAUCAGGUUUCCUGAAGGCUGGAGAAUGCCUUGUCUGUAAGCACGUUUUUGGUAAAUUGAUGAGCUGUUUCAUUUUCGUAGCUGCAGCACGGCAGGCACUCUUUCAUUUUGCCAAAACAGUUUUAUAUGCUCAGAAGAUUGUGUCAAUACUGUGGAUUUUAAAUACGGAUGUAGCAUUUCACUACUACAGGAAGAGAAAUCGACACUAAACAAAUACAAUAUGUAGGCAAGAGUGUUUCCAUUACGAUUAAUUUUUUCUUGUGAUUUCAUGUUUUAAAAUGCUUAGUUACAUAUUUAACUACUUACAUUACAAUACCUUGCAAAAUGGAAUAUAACGAUCACUAAAUGCAAGUGCAUUUAGUAAUCCAGCAAAAUCCUGUAUUAAAUAAAGCCAAUUUAAAAGAAAAGAAGAAAAAAGAAGAACAUUUGCCAUGUCAGAGUCCUGAAGCUGGAGAAGCAGAAAGUGCUCGUUCUCUAGAGCAACGGAGGCAUCCAGGUGGCAAUAUCUUUCCUCCUGUCACUGGCAAACAGUAAAUUGACAACACGAACAACAGCAUGGCAUUUUUUGCUAUCAAACUGCUAGCACACAGCUGGCCAGAGUAUGUUGUAAAUCUGCCUGGACUGGCAUGGGGUCAAUUAGGUGCCACAUCAAGUGGCAAGUGGGCCAGUGUUUGCACAGGACUUUCAGUUCCCCGUGGGUGAUGGUUCUGGGCUUCUGCUCCUUCUCCUGUGACUUCCAGCAAGAUUUAUGAGAUGCAUCUGAGCAGCGUUACCUGGUGUUGAUGGAGAUGCUAGUUAUUGACCCAGCCGAAGACACCCUGUUUGUUAUCUUCCACACGAAAGCCCUUCAUGGAGUUGCAAGGGAAGAGGCGAGUGACGGGUGCUACUUACUGGGGCAUGGGGUCCUCGUGAAGAUGUGGCAGGGGUUUGUUUUAUUCUGAGAGGGGGAAACAAAUGCUUUUUAAAAUAUUCUUAGUAAAUAUUUCUUUAGUCAUCCAAAUCUACAGUGUGCUCUGAAAAAAACCCUCAACUUUAAAAAAGCCUCUGGGUACCCCUUAGAUUGAUUUAAAAUAAAGCAGACCAGUAAUUCCUCUGAUGAUUAAUUUACUGCAAAGCUUUCUGAAUAGCAAAAUUACAACAGAGUUUGGGUUUAUUAAGUAAAAUUAUAGCUUGUUCCUGUGUUGCCAAAAAAGGUGUGAAACAUGCACUUUCAUCAGUCAAGCUGGAUUUUAUAUAACAGCAGCCAGAAGUGAUUUGUAACAUAUAGAUUAAUAAGCAGAGAAAGCUGCUUCUCUCCGUUUGCAAGUUAUCCAAAAAUCUCUCAUUAUUUUUGCAAAUUUAUUAAUUAAAACUAUUUGUUCAGCCACUUAGGUGGUGGUGGAGUUGGAGCCAGAAACUUUUGUUUAAAAUUCAAGAUGGGCAAGUUAGUUUAAGAGGCCGAUGUUGGAAAAACGGCUGAGAAAUUCACCCCCUGUGCCCCAGCCAUGACUGUUGUCAGUACCAUUAGCCUUGGAGAGAAAUGCCGUAGCUGGGAAGGAGCUGAACCUUUCCUGGUGGUACCAGCAGGUGAUGGGAGUGCUGAAGUUUGUGCGUUGACCUCUUCUUGAGUCUCUUCCAGCUGGCCCUGACCGCUUCUCAGGACAGCCAGGCUGCCUCUUGGCCAUCGUUUGCUCAUCCUGUCACUUGCUUAUGUGUUUUUCUCCCAUCUAGUUUCUUGCUUUUAACCUUCAUCUCCAGUGUCCUGCCACCAAGUGCUUCCUCCACGGUCUUUGUUAAGAGCCAAGAAGCUGCCUCUGCUCACCAGUAUCUGCCUGCCUGCGUGUUGUGGAAAGAGAUGUGCUCCCACACAAAAUGUUUAUUACGAAGGAAUUGUUAGUCUCCUUAUUUAAAAAGUGGUAUUCCUGAAGAUAUGUUAAGCUACAAUACCUAGGCAUAAAUCUUUGCUAUGGAAAAAUCAGAUUUUGGUCCAGAAAUGCAUGCUUUGUUUUGGGUUUUUUUUUUAGCAUAGAGAAGUGCUAUGAUAUUUAUAUAAAAUUUCCAGAGGAAAAGUUAAUUUCUGCCUGAACCCUCAGAAUAUUCCCAUCACUGGAUAGAAGGCUGCGUCCGUUUGUUAUGAGCAUAGAUGCUGCUUGGACCGG